AUGUCUGGAGGUGACACCACGGGUCGAGAUAUUCAAAAUAGGACGGCGUCGACCCCAUCAGCGAGAAGCCACCCUCACCGAGACGUAGUAAACCACCGUCGUUCGGUGGAUGUCCGCGGGGGUUUCCUUUCCAUACCUGAUGCCAACCACGUGGCCGGCGGCGGCGAGUGGAGUAAUUUUGACGACUCUGUGGAGGAGGCACCAGACGACAGCACAAAAACGAGAACGGAGGCUGCAACAUCUACCGUUGGUGGGAAAGCGCACCGGCAGCGAUGGGUGUGGGAUGAGUGGGACGACAGCGAAGCGAGUUUUUCCACCAGUUGCAGAGAGUCGAAGCAACCAGUGGCGCCGCGCGCGUCUCUAUCGGAGAAAACGUCGCCCGGUCGUGCUUCCAACUCUUCCUCCGCUACACUUGACGAAAUUUCGCAACCUGUGACUGACCACGACCGGACGACGCGGUCGUCGACUCGGGGCCGGAACAAUGACAGAGCAGCGGCCAAUGUUGAUGGUGGUGAGGCCACCCCGGCGGCGAUGAAGGCGUUCGAGGACGUGCAGGCCACCGCACGGGCAAUGAAAGUGAACCUCAAGGAGAGGAGAUCCGAGGUGCUAGAUCUCAAGACGAACCUGCAGCGCGUGCGAGCUUCCAACGAACGCCGCCGGGCGAAGGUGUCUGAGCGGUGGGCGGCAAGGAUGGCAGCGGCCGCUGAGGAGAGGGCGGCGGCGGCGGAUCGGCACAGGGCCUUCGCGCGGCAGCUGAAGGGUGACGUGGACGCCUUGGAGGAGAAGCUGGGUGGUCUAGAGAGACAGGCGAGUCGUUUCGCGCUUGGUGCAGCAACAGCAGCAGUAGGGCUUGUGUCGGCCGCUUCCGUGAAGGUAGAGACCGGGACUGCGUCGUAG